AUGUCUCAAGAUUCAGAGGUCAGGUCGCAGGCCUCUUUAGCUCCUGCAGCUGAAAUCCUCAUCCCCAGUACGCCACCUCGGCGAUCCAUUCUUUCGGCAUCCCCAGAUCUCAAGCCACUGCGGGACCGAAAUGGCAGCUUAUCAGACAAGAAUGGAGGCUUCUGCUCGCCACAACACGCAUCGUCUUCAGAAAUGACACCACCUCCUUCAUCCCAGACUCGUGCACCACCUCGUCGACGAUCCAGGUCUGGGUCAGCAUCGCAUGUGGUUGUCCCCGCCUCUCCCCCAAACGAGUCACUCGAAAAAUCACUGUACGCUGCUUAUGGCGCUGCUGAGAACCUCCCCACUACAGAAGACAUUGAUAGUGCAGACGAAACACAGCUUCGAAAGAUAGCCAAAGACUUGUUAGCUGUUGCGCAGGAAGCGCGUAUGUCUGCGCUGCAUUUCAAAUUACAAAACAGUCUUCUAUCAUUUACAAGCAACGAAGCAAUCAAGCGAGCCGAAGUUGAGCAGCAGCUUGCUCGCAGAGAAGUUGAAAUUCUGCAGAGCUCAGAGUAUCAGAACCGCCGCGCCAUUUCACAUUCACAAACACCUCAAAUUUGCCCCAGUCCAAAGACAGAGGCCUCUCUAAAGCGGAUUUCUGAACUCGAGAGCACUAAUGCUAGAUUGGAAGAGAGAUUGUCCAAUGCGAAGAAGUUGAUUCAGGAGAAGAUUGAUGAAGGAAAUAACAAAAAUGAGUCUCUAUUGGAUGAAAAUCGUCUGCUCAAGAAGCGUAUCAGAGACAACCGCGAGCAUCUGACAAUGUUCCUCGACGCUGGCUCUUUGUCACCAAAUUCUCGUGCCGAGUUCAGUACUCCUCACAGAAAGUCUCAACCUCGUCUAUUUGACAGCGCACGCACACACACUAGCAGUCGCGGCGGCAGUCAUGACGCCUUCGCUACUCUCUUGGCUGCUGAUCGUGUAUUACAUGGUAACUCUACGAAUGUUUCUCCAAACAGAAAUCGACAGCAUAGGAAUGGUCAUAUGGGAGGAGCUCAUGUCAGAGGAGCUCACUCCAUGUCUUCAAUACCAGUCACCCCUCAACACCAUGCGCAUGUCCAUGAACCUCGAUACAUUACGCCCGGCAGCAGACCACAUGAAUUGGUCAGAAAAGAUAAUUUUGAUCCAGAGGACAACCGUCAUGACCGGGACAGCACUAUUUCGGUUUCUGAUGCGGAGGAAGCUAUCACUGACGAAGACAUUCCAGCAUCCCAAGCUAGUUCUCGCGCGACUGAUAUGCUCCGUCGUCUACCAGAGCUUAGUCAAGAGUCUUCACAGCAACAGUCCGCUCGCAGCAAUAUUGGCAAAUCAAGCACUUUGCUCCAGACAAAGCUAUUUGGCCAUGUGAAAAAGGCUGGCGUUGACCGACCUGGCCCUGGUCAGAAACGCAAAGGGUCUUUUGUCGAAGAAGGUCCCGCAUUGAAGAAGCCCAAGGAUGUUGGGUUGGGUAUCAGCAGCUGGAAGUUGUCUCCCGUCUAG